AUUAUAUUAAUUAAUUAAUUUCCAACAAAAAAAUUGGAUUUUCCUGCAGGCUCCUCGUCAUUCUAUGACCGAAAAUCGAUAAUUUGUUUGAUUUUUCAUAAUUCAACAAAAAAUCGAUAGCAAAGAAGUCGAGGUCAAACACUUUUUGGAGCAUAAUGCCCACAGAGGCAAGAGAUAAUAAUCGACAUAUCCAUCUUGGCAAAGUCAGAGAUCCCCACCACCAGCAUGCUCAACGAUUUUGCAGUAAUAGAAUAAGCACUUGCAAGUACAAUGGAUUCUCAUUUCUUCCCAGAUUUUUGUAUGAACAGUUCCGGCGUUACAAUAAUAUAUUUUUCCUAGCAAUCGCCCUUCUUCAGCAAAUUCCCGACGUUAGCCCGACUGGAAGAUACACGACAGCCGUCCCAUUUCUGAUAAUUUUAUCAGUUUCUGCACUAAAAGAAAUAUUCGAAGAUGUGAAAAGACGGCGAAGUGAUAAUAAAGUUAACGCAUUUUCUGUCGAAAUUCUUGUCGAUGGACAUUGGAUUGAGAAACAGUGGAAAGAUGUAAGCGUCGGUGACUUCAUCCGAAUUGACAAUGACAGCCUAUUCCCUGCUGAUCUACUUCUAUUGGCAUCAUCAGAACAACAAGGAAUGGCAUAUAUUGAAACAUCGAAUUUAGACGGAGAAACGAAUUUAAAAAUCAAACAAGCGCUGGAUAUCACUUCAACAAUGACUUCUCCGGAAAAAUUGAGCCAAUUCGAGUCUGAAAUCACUUGUGAACCACCAUCACGACAUGUUAAUGAAUUUAAUGGAAAUAUUGAAAUUAAUGGAGUUGCCAGACAUUUCGGUAUUGAUCAGCUGCUUUUGAGAGGUGCCCGAUUAAAAAACACUGCAUGGAUAUUUGGUGCCGUCAUCUACACUGGACACGACUCAAAGCUGCUCAUGAACUCGAAAAGAGCUCCGCUGAAAAGUGGAACAAUCGAUGUACAGACGAAUUAUCGAAUUAUUUUCCUCUUUUUCGUUCUAGUCGCACUCGCGCUAAUAUCCGCUACUGGAUCGGAAAUUUGGAGGGGAAAUAAUAUUCCACAGGCUUGGUAUUUGUCUUUUCUUGAACACGAUCCAAAAGGCUCAUUCCUGUGGGGUGUACUCACGUUCUUCAUUCUCUACAACAAUUUGAUUCCGAUUUCACUGCAAGUCACACUGGAAGUUGUUCGAUUCUUCCAGGCAAUCUACAUCAACAACGAUAUCGAAAUGUACGAUGUGAAUAGUGAUUCGUGUGCCAUCGCUAGAACAUCGAAUUUAAAUGAAGAACUGGGACAAGUCAAGUUUAUAAUGUCGGAUAAAACGGGCACUCUUACACGGAAUGUGAUGAAGUUUAAACGACUAUCAAUUGGAUCUAGAAAUUAUGGAAAUAAUGAGGAUGAUGAGUUUGCAGAUGCAAGUUUAAUUGAAGAUUAUCGUCAAGGAGAUGAACAUUCGACGAGUAUUCUGGAAGUGUUGAAAAUGAUGGCUGUUUGUCAUACUGUUGUUCCCGAGAACAAGGAUGGUCAGCUAAUCUAUCAAUCAAGUAGUCCAGAUGAAGCCGCUUUAGUCCGUGGAGCCGCGUCUCAAUCUGUAUCAUUUCACACAAGACAGCCACAAAAAGUGAUUUGUAACGUGUUUGGUGAAGACGAGACCAUCGAAAUUCUCGACGUUAUCGAUUUCACAUCGGAUCGAAAACGAAUGAGUGUGAUAGUUCGAGAUGGUGCUGGAGGAGACAUCAAACUAUACACAAAAGGCGCCGAUACAGUAAUCUUUGAACGGUUGGAGCACGGAAAAGAGCAAGAAGAAGCUGUCGAGUAUUGUACGGAGCAUCUUGAAGAUUAUGCAUCUUUUGGAUAUCGUACACUUUGUUUUUCGAUGAGACAUCUCACGGAGCAAGAGUAUUCACAGUGGGCUCCGGAGUACAAAAAAGCCAUUUUGGCAAUUGAUAAUCGUGCUAAGCUGCUCGCUGAUGCGGCGGAGAAGCUUGAAAGGAAUAUGAUUUUGGUUGGAGCAACUGCGAUUGAGGAUAAGCUUCAGGAGUGGGUUCCCGAAACGAUCCAAGCACUGAUGGCAGCCGAUAUUCGUGUAUGGAUGUUAACUGGUGAUAAACGUGAAACUGCAAUUAAUAUUGCUCAUUCAUGUGCUCUAUGUCAUACAAAUACAGAAUUAUUGAUUGUCGACAAGACGACUUACGAGGAAACUUAUCAGAAAUUGGAGCAAUUUGUGGCGAGAGCAAUUGAACUUGAGAAGCAGGAAAAAGGAUUUGCAAUGGUUAUUGAUGGAAAAUCACUGCUUCACGCUCUAACUGGAGAAGCUCGGAAACAUUUCGGAGAUCUUGCUCUGCGAUGUCAUGCAGUUGUAUGUUGUAGAAUGAGCCCGAUGCAAAAAGCAGAAGUCGUUGAAAUGGUCCGAAAAUUGGCGAAGCAUGUUGUGUUGGCAAUUGGUGAUGGAGCAAAUGAUGUUGCAAUGAUUCAGGCGGCGAAUGUUGGAGUUGGAAUUUCGGGGGAAGAAGGCCUGCAGGCUGCUUCGGCCUCGGAUUAUGCUAUUCCGAGAUUUCAUUUUUUGAGGAGACUUCUCCUGGUCCAUGGCGCAUGGAAUCACGAUCGUUCAGUCAAAGUGAUACUGUACUCAUUCUACAAAAAUAUUUGCCUCUACAUCAUCGAGCUGUGGUUUGCCAUGUUCUCCGCGUGGUCUGGACAGACUAUUUUCGAGAGAUGGACUAUUGGAAUGUUCAAUGUAAUAUUCACUGCAUGGCCACCAGUCGUACUCGGAUUGUUUGAUCAUCCAGUUCCCGCCGAACAAAUUAUGAAGUAUCCGGCGUUGUAUGCAAGCUUCCAGAAUCGAGCAUUUAGUAUCGGGAAUUUCUCACUUUGGAUUGGCCUAGCCAUUGUGCAUUCAUUAUCGCUGUUCUUCUUGACUUACGCGACAAUGGAGCAUCAAGUUGUCUGGGAUAAUGGGCUCACUGGCGGAUGGCUUAUGCUCGGAAAUUGUGCAUAUACGUUCGUGGUGGCCACUGUCUGCUUCAAAGCCCUACUAGAAUGUGAUUCAUGGACAUGGCCUGUAGUAGUCGCGUGUAUUGGAUCGAUUGGCCUUUGGAUUGUAUUCGUUAUUGUAUACUCUCUAGUCUUCCCACACAUUGGUGGAAUCGGUGCAGAUAUGGCUGGAAUGGCUGCAAUUAUGAUGUCAUCUUAUACGUUCUGGCUUGCACUUUUAUUCAUUCCACUUGCCACGCUGCUAUGGGAUUUGGUUAUUAAAAGUCUUUUCACAAUCGCAAUGCCAACACCACGUGAACUUGCUGUAAUGUAUAACAAACGGACAACAUCGUUCAACGGAUUCGAACGGUUAGCCAGCUCCUGGGCCGCCUAUCAAGGACCGACAAAAGACGGUGCACACGUGUUCGCCAAUCGAUUCAGCCUUCGAAAACGAAUUCAGCCGACGUCGACGACGGCGGCAUCUCAUCCAAGUGCUACAUCACCGCCACCUAAUGGCUACGUCGAGAAGUCACAGUUGAAUGGAAAAAAUGGAAAACAUCAUCGCGCCAAGAGCCCCGACUACGGUAGCACCGAGUUGUCCACGUGGAGUACACGUGACGAGCAUGAGGUGGAAUACAAGAUUCCACGUGGUCGGAAAGAGCGGAGCUCGUACACGAAUCGCGCGUUCAUAGCGGAGGAUAACAAUGUGACGAGCAUUGUGGUGAAUGAUGAAGAAGAUGGUAGUGGGACGAGGUUAUGACACAGUAAUCCUCCUACAGUAAUCCUCCUACAGUAAUCAUCCUACAGUACUCCUCAAGCAAACUUUUCUAUCGACUAUUGAAACACGUGCAUAUCAAUCAUCAAACGUUUUGAAAUUCUAUCCGAAUUCUACAGUAAUCCUCUUGCAUUGUUCUCUGCAAUUCGUCAUAAUCAUAAUCAUCAUCGCUGGAGCUACAGUACCCUUCACCUACUACCGUAUUCUACAUUCCCCCCGAUUGACACCUACCGUAAUCUAUGUCUACAGAAGAAUCUACUGUUAUUUUUCGCUAUUCAUCAAACGUACUCGAAAACAUGCGGCUUUUGACAUCAUCUCUACGUGGCAGUACCACUGGAAGUACACGAUCAAGAACUGCAUCAGAAGCUUCACUAGCACUUGCUGAACAGACGAGAUACGGCUUCGCAUUUUCCCAAGACGAAAGCUCGGCGGUCGCUCAAACGGAACUCAUCAGAAAUGUGGAUUCUACUAGAGAAAAACCGACUGGACGAUAAUUCUGCGUUUUUUUGUUUUGCUUUUGCUUCUUCAUGAUUUAUCCUUUUUUUUCUUUUUUUUUUCUUCUUCUUCCAAAAUUAUGUAAAACCUCAUUUUUUUCGUGUCGAGACCCCAACCCCAAAGACGAGUAGAUUUGACUGUUUACAGAGACUACGGUAGCGAAAUUAUUACAACGAUAUAUAUUUUCUCUCCAAAAUUGUAUUGCCAAAAUUCUUUUUCCUGAUCUUUUCCUUUUUAGUGAGAGUGACAUUUUAUCGAUUUUCCCCUCCCCCCCAAAUAACUUCUGCCGAUGAACAUGUUACGGGCAGUGAGAGAGAGAGAGAGAUAUUAUACUGUAUUUUUAUAAGAAAUGUUCGUUUUGCUCAAUUUCCUGUACACUUAGCCUCCCUCCCCCUCCGAUAACUUCCUGUGAACAUGAAAUUUUUCCAAUACUUUUUUAUUUAAUCAGUUUUCAGUUUUCA